CGAUUGGCCGCCGGAAAGGAAGCAAGAUUCCGCUCGGCCAAUCGCGGCCGCUCGUUCGUUUUAAUCCCCCCCGCGCCCGGGCGUUUCGCCCCCAUUGGCCGCGAUCCGGAGGGGCUGCCCGAGCCCUCCUCACCCAUUGGCCGUCCGGCGCGAGGCUCCUCCCGGCGGGAGCGCUGCUAUUGGUCGCGCCUGAGCGGGGGCGGGGCCGCGCGUGCGUGCGGGGCGGUGGCGGGCGGGGUAAGAUGGCGGAACUGGGGAAGAAGUACUGCGUGUACUGCCUGGCCGAGGUGAGCUCUCUGCGCUUCCGCUGCACCGAGUGCGCCGACAUCGAGCUCUGCCCCGACUGCUUCUCGGCCGGCGCCGAGAUCGGCCCGCACCGCCGAUGGCACGGCUACCAGCUGGUGGACGGCGGCCGCUUCACGCUGUGGGGCGCCGAGGCGGAGGGCGGCUGGAGCAGCCGGGAGGAGCAGCUGCUGCUGGACGCCAUCGAGCAGUUCGGCUUCGGCAAUUGGGAAGACAUGGCCGCUCACGUGGGAGCAUCCCGAACGCCCCAGGAGGUGAUGGAGCACUAUGUGAGCAUGUACAUCCACGGCAACCUGGGGAAGGCCUGCAUCCCCGACACCAUUCCCAACAGGGUGACGGACCACACGUGUCCCAGCGGCGGCCCUCUCUCUCCCAGCCUGACCACGCCGCUGCCGCCCUUGGACAUAUCGGUGGCUGAGCAGCAGCAGCUGGGCUACAUGCCGCUCCGGGACGACUACGAGAUCGAAUACGAUCAGGAUGCUGAGACUCUGAUCAGCGGCCUGUCGGUGAACUACGACGACGAUGAUGUGGAGAUAGAAUUGAAAAGAGCUCACGUAGACAUGUAUGUAAGAAAACUCAAGGAGAGACAGCGGCGGAAGAACAUCGCACGAGAUUAUAACUUGGUGCCGGCCUUCCUGGGGAAGGAUAAGAAGGACAAGGAGAAAACUCCCAAACGAAAGAUCACGAAAGAAGAGAAGGAGUUGAGGCUGAAGCUGAGGCCUCUGUACCAGUUCAUGUCCUGUAAGGAGUUUGAAGACUUCUUUGAGAACAUGCACAAGGAAAGAGUACUUCGAGCGAAGAUCCGAGAACUGCAGCGGUAUCGCAGAAAUGGAAUCACCAAAAUGGAAGAGUCGGCGGAAUACGAGGCAGCCAGACAUAAACGGGAGAAGAGGAAGGAGAACAAAAACAUAGCCAGCUCCAAGAGGGGGAAGGAGGACGGCAAAGAAGGGGAAUUUGCUGCCAUUGAAAACCUGCCUGGUUUUGAACUCUUAUCAGACAGGGAAAAAGUGCUUUGCAGCUCUCUGAAUUUGAGUCCUGCGCGAUACGUGACUGUAAAAACCAUCAUCAUUAAAGACCACCUUCAGAAAAGACAAGGGAUUCCUUCCAAGAGCCGCCUUCCCAGUUACUUGGAUAAGGUACUGAAGAAAAGGAUUUUAAACUUUCUAACAGAGAGUGGCUGGAUAUCCAGAGAUGCAUCAUGAAACCCAAAGCAUCUGAGCCACCACGCCAGAGGCCUGACAGGCUCCCUUCUUUUUCCUGCCCUCUCCGGAGAUACAGAAGUUAUCUCAUUCAAAACAGACAGACAAAACAAAAAAAGCAAAAACAAAAAAACCCACAGUGUUCGUGGUCCGUGCUUUGAGUAGACUUUUGCUUUGUGUCAUGAAAAACACUGAAUUGUGAAACUUCUCCAUUCGAUUUCAUUGCUUGUUAGAGUACACUGUUUUUGUUACGUUACUCAAAGAGAUUUCUGUCAUGUGAACCAACUCAAGUCCAAUAGUUCUGGGGUGGUCACUUCACUCCUUACUGUUGGAUGAGUGAGUGUCAAUGUCAUCCAUAAUCCUUGCCUUUUUUUUCUUUUUUUUUUUCCUUCUUUUAAGGUGGGAGAUGGUUUUCAGCAGAUGAGUUCUUCUCCCUGAUGUUGUUUUUGUCACAGUGCAGCCAAGCAGAGCUUGCAGAAAUCCUGAGCUGUCAGGCACAGGGUGCAGGGAUUGGCAUGGCUGUUGCUGAGCUUUUGGAGCCCUGCCCUUAGUAGCACAGCCCAGGUGUCAGGACAUGAGGUGAGAGCUUCUCUGAGGUGCAGCAGGGGUGAGCUGUGAUGGGGACUGGUAGAUGAGUUGCCUGCAGGUAUUUGUGUUGUGUGAGAAGACUUCUUGGAGAGCUGCCUUCAGCUGCCUGACCUCAGUGUGUGCUUGGCUGGCAGUUGUAUGCUCUGUGCUGGGCUCAGCACCGCUGUGAAGCGGCUGCUUCUGGCCAGCUGUGGCUUAGAACACACACAGUGCUGCCCUGCUGAAAUCACCGCUUCCUGUUGCAGGGGGAACCUGCCCCUCCUCCUGUAUCUGCUGUGCCCAGUGUGUGUAGCCCAAGCACCUGCAGCUGCCUCCUGAGCACAGCUGGGAGGGAUGGGAACAGGGAGCUCCAAUCUGAAGCUCAUAGCGGCCACUGAGGUUGGUUUAUGAAAAAAUAAAAAUUAAUUUAUAUAGAUGAAAAUGCCCAGCUGCUGUGCUCCUGGAGUGCAGAGUGAUGGAUGCAGCCAUCGCAGGUUUCUGGCUGCACGUACCUUGAAACCUGCUGGACUACGUGUGCUGAGGUUAUUGCUGUGGUUGGCAGAAUGGAUCUCAGUUUGCCACAGUGGUCACUUUGGCAUAACAUCGUGUUGUCAGAGCUCUGUGAGGGCUGUGCUCCCUGCCACACAGGGCUGGAGUUACAGUGCAGCAGAGCACAGCAGAAACACUUGAUCCACACCGUUGUUUUAGUAGUAUAUAUCAGUUAAGGGAAAGGUGUUCAAGGAGGACUGGAAAAGGCUUUUUUUUUUAAUCUUCAUUUCAUUCUUCAAUUCCUGUGCUGGCAUCUAACCACGUGAAUUAAAAAAAAAAAGUUGAUUCUGCGUGACAGACAUCAGUGUUAUUGCACCUGAGCCCUGUGCUGGGCGGUGGGUGGCAGCCAGCUGGGCAGCAGCUCCGCUGUGUGGAUGUGCCAGGAGAUGGAGCUGACUGAGUUGAGAACAGAUGUGAACAUGGGAGGUGUGCUCUGGUUCUGAUGCCUUGGGCCGUAAUGAGGAGCCCAUGACAUCUUAAAAACAGUAUUAAUUCUGCAGCUUGGCAGAAGUAUGCUGACCAGAACUGGUUUUGAGCCAGUGUCUCCAGCAUUAUCAGAAUAGUGUUACCGCUGAGUUUAGCAUACAAAGGGUACAGUUAUAAAGCCAGCAUUUCUAAGGAGAAGGGAAAAAAAACCAACGCAACACACACAAAAAAACUCUAGUGCCUUUUUGUUUUGAGCUUGUGGUGUUACGUCCCUCCAAAAAAGGAAAGGGCUGUGUGCUCUCUGAUGGAAUGCUUUGGCUUACCUGGAAGAGGCUUCUCAGGCACUCGAGACAAAGCAGUGCAACUCACUGCAGUGUGCCAGUAGCUUUAAGAACCUCUUCCACCCUAUAUGCACGUAUAGAGAGCACACGGGACAAGUUCAGAAGGUGUAAACCAUUGAUUAUUUCCUCUGUCCUUCUCCUGUGGAAAGGAAGCUCAGCCUUUCCAGCCUUGGAGUUAUGCAAUUUGGUUCUUCCUCUGAGCGGUUCCGGCUGCUGCAUCGCACCGGUGCUGUGCUGGAGCCUCAGCUCCGCCUGCAGCUGGGAGGUUAACACAGAUGUGGGUUUUCUGAUUUAUUACUAUCUUCCUCAGAUCUAAAUUUUAUAUUUCUACAGUGCUUUGGCACACCUAAGCCUAACUGAAGCAAUAGCCUAAAACCCAUCAGAACAGUAAUUUAAAAAUAAAAAUAUCUAGGCACCAAUGACUCAUUUAAAUGUUGUAGAAAUGAAUUCUGCGUUUACUCUUUGUAGAUCCUGAAUUCCUCAGCCCUUCCAAAAUGUUUCUUUGGUGCUAGACGUAACUUAUUGAACAUCAAGAUGAAUGUAAAAUAAAGUAUUUUUAAUGUAUGAAA